AUGUCUGGAGCAAACGGCAUCGCAAUUAUCGGAUACUCCUACAGGCUUCCACAAGAGGUUGACAAUGAUACUUCCCUUUGGGAAGCUCUCGAUUCUCAGCGCAAUCUAAGGGCUGAAUGGCCAGAGUCUCGAAUAAACGCUGGCUCAUUUGUGAAAGAUUCACCCACUAAUAUCCCGGCUCAGGGGGCACAUCUUCUCAAUGAAGACCUUGGAGCUUUCGAUGCACCCUUCUUCUCGGUGACAGCCCAAGAGGCAGCAUCAAUGGAUCCGAUGCAAAGAUGGACAUUGGAAGAGUCAUAUCCUGGAAUCCCCGUGGAAACGCUCAAAGGAUCAAAGACCGCGGUUUUCUCAGCCUCCAUGCUUGAAGACAAGUCCCGCAUGACAGCUAUGGAUCCUGAGAAUGUGGAUCGGACUGUGGCCACCGGCAGCACUGUUCCAUGCGUCAUUCCAAAUCGAGUGAGCUGGUACUUCGACCUUCGAGGGCCCAGCAUACACGUCAAUACAGCGUGUUCUAGCAGUAUGUCAGCGAUUGACAUGGCAUGCAAAGUUCUGCACAGUGGGGAUGCCUCAUGCGCGCUUGUCACCGCGUCAAACCUAUGUCUCGAUCCAUCCAUCUUUCAGAUUUUAACCCGUGGGGGGUUCCUAUCCCCGGACGGUCUUAGCUAUAGUUUUGACCACCGCGCGAAUGGAUAUGCUCGAGGAGAGGGAAUUCUUGCUUUUGUUCUCAAGCCUAUCUCAGGUGCCGUGCAAAAUGGUGAUAUGAUUCGAGCCAUCAUUCGUUCGACGGGCUCCAAUCAAGAUGGCCAUAGCCCAGCACUCACCCAGCCAAGCCCUCAGGCACAGGAAGACUUGAUUCGCCACGUAUACAGACAGGCCAAUCUUCCUUUUCAUGAGACGCGAUAUGUUGAGGCUCAUGGAACUGGAACCCCCGUUGGUGACCCCAUCGAGAUCAAGGCAAUUGGUCGAGUAUUUCGGAAGCUUCGAUCAUCGAAGUGCCCUCUCUAUGUUGGAUCUAUCAAAGCAAACAUUGGGCAUCUCGAAGGCGCCAGUGGACUUGCCAGCCUAGUAAAAGCAAUUUUGAUCCUGGAGAAGGGGAUAAUACCUCCGAGUGCCCUUCUUGAGGUAGUAAACCCCGCCAUCGAUGCGGAGUUCUUCAACAUUGAGAUUCCAAACCAGCGCAUCACCUGGCCCAGCAGUGGCGUUCGCCGAGUUUCAGUCAACUCAUUUGGAUUCGGAGGAUCGAACACACAUGUUAUCCUUGACGAUGCGCUGAGCUAUCUGCAGCAGUAUGGCUUGGCUGGUAAUCACUGCACCGCCAUGCAUCCUGGUGGCGCAACCGAGGUGAGACAGACAGCUGAAGUUCAGAACGGCAUUACUACUUCCGACAUGCAUCUGAAUGGCAACGAGCAAGUUAAUGGCACUGGCAACGGGGAUCCUAUGCUCCGGCCAGUCGAGAUGCCUGCUGUCCAAGCCAGUCAACAACAGCUACUGGUGUGGACGGCGUCUGAUAAAAGGGCUGCGGAACGCAUGGCAAACAACUACAAAGCCUUUUUCGCGAGCAGUGUACUCGAUGACAAGGCUGGGCUUCACCAGCUAUCGUUCACGCUUGGCAACCGUCGCAGCCGGAUGCUGUGGCGAGGAUUCGCUGUGACUCAAGUCACCGAAGACGGGCAACUCGAAAAGACCAUUUCACCAAUUAAGCCCGUUCGGAGCUCCAUUGAAGCUGGAUUAGCCUUUGUCUUCACUGGUCAAGGCGCCCAGUACCUUGGAAUGGGAUUGGAGCUGAUCCAAUACCCAGUGUUCACUCAGACACUGAGUAAAAUAAACCAGCAUUUCUCUGAUCUGGGAUGUGCAUGGUCUGUCUUUGAUGAGCUCCACAACCCGGAUCAUAUCAAUCUACCCGAGUACAGUCAGCCUCUGGCGACAGCCUUGCAGAUUGCUUUGGUCGAGCUGUUGAAGUCUUUUGGGAUUGUCCCAAAGGCAGUUGUUGGUCACUCAUCAGGUGAAAUUGCCGCGGCGUACUCGAUCGGAGCAUUAUCCCUGUCCUCUGCCUGCAAAGUGGCGUAUUUCCGCGGCAAGCUGACUGGGAAACUGCAACAAGCCAGUGCUGAAAGUCCAGGCGCCAUGCUCUCGAUUAAUCUGGCAAAGAAGGACGUGACGAAGUACCUGCAGAAGCUCCAGUCCGAGGCUCUUGAACAAAUCACCAUCGCCUGCCUCAACAGUCCGGUUAACUGCACUCUUUCUGGGUCUGACCGGGUCAUCAACGCCAUUAAAUUGCAAGCCGAUGUAGAUGGCAUCUUCGCACAGAAGCUCAAUACCGGUGUUGCAUACCAUUCCCCUGCGAUGAAGGCUAUCUCGGAUGAAUAUCAUGCUUGCAUCGGGACUCUCGAAAGUGUCGAUCUGUGUGAGCGAUCCAAAUCAAUCCUGCCUCCGAUGGUUUCAUCCGUGAGCGGCCAAGCUGUUCGUCCAGCGGCUCUCGCCAUGGCGCAAUACUGGGUGGACAACCUGGUCUCUCCGGUUCAUUUCACCGAUGCAGUCCAGGUCCUUUUGCAAAAUUCAUCCACGCUCAAAGUCGGGCUUGGGAGCAUCACCGAUAUCGUCGAAAUUGGGCCCCACCCAGCGCUCCGACGGCCAGUGAACGACACUAUCAACCAGCCUGACAACCAAAAGAAAGGGUUUGGGUAUUUCAGUGUUCUUCACCGAUCGCAAAAGGCUGUCCAAUCAACCCUGGAGCUUGCAGGUCACUUGUUCUGCCUUGGGCAUGAAGUGUCUAUUGCAGCAAUCAACCAGCACUCUGUGGAUUCGCAGCCUCCCUUCCUCGUCUCCUGCCCACCCUAUCCUUUCGAUCGAUCAAACCAUUAUUGGAAGGAGUCUCGUAUUAGUCGAGACUUCAGACUUCGAAACGCUGUUGAUGGCGAAUUGCUGGGAGCCCCUGUCUCUGACUGGAAUCCUUUCGAGCCUUGUUGGCGUAAUUUCCUAGCCGUGGAAUCUACUCCGUGGCUGGGCCAGCACUUGAUCACCAACACCGUCCUCUUUCCUGCAUCGGGCAUACUACUUCUAGCUCUUGAGGCUGCUCGACAGAUGGUGCCGUCUAAAUACCACAUCCGAGGCUACUUCGUGAAAGAGAUCGAAUUCACGAGCCCGAUUAUCGUUCCCGAGAGAUGGGAGGAUCGAACAGAGACUCAGGUCCGCCUGCGCCCUGUAAAGACCGAGAGUCAUACCAACCCUGUAUUCGACAUUGCAGUGUUUUCCUAUUAUCGUGACCGAUGGACCUCGUGCUCCAAUGCAAUUGUUCAAGUCGAAAUUGACGACACGCCACCCAAUACCCAAGCCGCGAAUCUGCCAGCAGAUGACGAGGUGGAUACGCUAUUCAAAGACAGCCAACAAGCCUGUACUCGGUCGCUCGACUCACAGAUCAUAUAUAAUAGUGCUGCUGAGAGUGGUCUACGUUAUGGCGAGAUGUUUCGGCGUCUGCAGGAUAUGUGGUGGGAUGGAAAGAGCAGAUUCAUGGCACGCAUGGAUGUUCGGAAUGGGACAUUCCAGACAAGCAGUCUUGUGCAUCCUGCCGUCUUGGACAAUGUCUUUCAGGUCCUCGUUCUCAGUGGAGGACAUGAAAAAAUUGCCCGAGUCCCCGUUCGCCUUACGAACGCGUGGUUUGCCUCCUCAGGGUGGCAGCGUCCCGAAACUACCUUGAUUCAAUGUCUCGGAAAGUCCCAUACUCGUUUGAACAAUAGCCCUAUCUUGAGCCACCAAGAUGAGGCCAGCGCAUAUGCUGUUACCGACAACGGCCGGGUCCUAUGCCAUAUCAAGAGGGCUACUCUGGCAACUGUAGCCAGAGAGGGCAAAGAGCAGAGGCAUUUGAUCCACCACGUCGAGUGGAAACCUCAAGUGUGCCUACUCGAGCCAAGCCACCUGAAGUCACUCAUUCCUCACGAAGUGUCUAUUGACGAAUCUUUGCUUGCGAGAAACCUUGCCAAAAUGAGGUCUGCGUUGGGCAUGGCCACCGUUCAUUCCUUGCACCACUGGGAGGAAGCGUCUCUGUCGGACCAUCUACGUCUUCACCUCAAAUGGCUUGAGAAGCGCGUCCAUAAGUUGCAGCCAGCCGAGAGAAUGAAAUGGCAGGAGAUGAGUGAAUCUCAAGUGGAAGCUGAGCUGAUCGAAGUCGACAAUCUUCUCCCAGAUUGGAAGGUCUACACAAUAUGCGCUCGCAAGUUGCCACAAAUACUGGAAGGAAAGGAAGAUCCUCUGGAGCUCAUCUUCAACUCUGAUCUUGCUGGUAUAUUUUACGCAUCUCUGUUCAAGACUCUCUGCGCCGAUGGACGCCUUUCCAGGCUUCUCGAUCUGAUGGCCCACGAAAACCCCGCCAUGAGAAUUCUUGAAGUUGGUGCUGGGACUGGUGGAAUGACUGGACAUAUUCUAUCUGCUUUGCGAGAACGAGAGUCUCGAACUGGAAGUCUCAGUUUUUCGGAGUACGCCUACACCGAUAUGUCUCCCAUGUUUUUUGAGGGGCACGCUCGCGCUGGCCUGACCUGGAGGCUGAAGGACGGAUUCUCAGGGAGUGUGUUACAUGCCACGACAGAUCUUGAAGCUGCUAUCCGAAAUGUUCGGCAAGCGUUGAAACCUGGUGGCCAUCUCAUAUUGCUGGAAACAACAAGUCCUGAUGAUAUUUUGACCAGCUUCUUUGCCGGCCUUCUCCCUGGAUGGUGGAGUGAUCGUGAGAGUUGGCGAUCCGAAUGCCCGGCUAUCGCAGACACCAUGUGGGAUCAAUGCCUGCGCAACAACGGGUUUUCUGGGAAUGAUUUGGUCGUGCGAGAUCAUCUGCAUUCAGACUGCCAGUUGAUGAGCAUUAUUCUCACCACCGCUGUGGAAGAGACGUCUUCCGUUGAUAAGUCGUUGUCAAGGACUGGCAAUGUUUCCCUGCUUGUGGAUGACCAGCAGCCUGACCAGCUGGAAAUAGCGCAGCAGAUUAAACAAAGUCUGAGCGACCAUAUGGCCUUGAAAGUCGAUAUUGCUUCGUUCUUUGACGUCGAAUCGCACCAAGCAUUGGAAAGCUUCAACUCGAACGACAUCUAUGUUUCUCUCGCCGAGGUCCAUCAGCCCUUAUUGGCUAGGCUUUCGGAGAGUGGCUUCGACGCUCUACGCCACUUGACAAAGAAUGCGGCUAAUCUGGUGUGGGUGACUGCGUAUCGCCCCGAUGACCCGAGAAAGCCCGAAUAUGAUGUGGCCCACGGCUUUUUCCGCACCCUUCGCGGCGAGCAACCCAGUCACCAUUUUGUCCACAUAAGUAUCGAAUGUGAAAAUGACUUCGGUCGCUCUGUUUCCUGUAUGGAAAAAGUGCUUGAGGCCUCUUUCUUCAGAUCCCCACCGUCGACGGAGCUGGAGUAUGUGAUGAGAGAUGGUCUUCUUAUGACUGGCCGUGCCGUUGAAAACGCAGAUGUGAACAACGCUCUCCACCAUAGGCUGUCGCCUAAUUUGCAGAAAGUUCCUUGGGCUGAAGCUGGGCCAGUCGAGCUAUCUGUCACGGGCGCGGAAAGUGAUUUUUCCGUACGGUUCGUACAAGAUGUCUCACACGAGAGUCCCCUUGAGGAAAACGAGAUCGAGAUUGAAGCACACUGCUGGGGCUUCAACCGCAUUGAUACCCGUACCAACAUACUUACCGACAGCUGCGCAGGCAUAGUCACUCACCUUGGAAGCAGUUGUGAUGGAUCUAUCCGGCUGGGAGACCGCGUUUACAUGUUCACGAAUGCACCCUUGCGCAAGUAUUCAAGAGCAGAGGAAGCUGCAGUUGUCAGAAUUCCGGAUAGCGUAUCAUUUGAAACGGCCAUAUCCACCAUAUCUCCCAUAAUAACAGCAAACUACGUGCUUAUCGAUAUUGCUGGAAUUGGAGAAGGGGACCGGGUCCUCAUUCACUCAGCAGCUAGCGAUUUGGGACAGAGUGCAGUUCGCCUGGCGCAGGAACGAGGUGCUCGGGUCUUUGCUACAACUGCAUCUGCCGAGCAUACAGACUUUCUGAUCAAAGAUCUGGGCUUGUGUGCAGACAAAAUUGUUUCCAACUUGAGUCCGCAUUUUGCAUCAGAAGUCUUGCGUGUGACUGGUGGAUCGGGUGUAGAUGUGGUUCUGAGCUCUUUGACGGAUCAUGAUGUACUACAAGCAUCUUGUGAAUCUCUUGCGCCUGGUGGUCAAUUCCUCGAAAUCCGCCAGAAUUCCAAUCCAGAUCUAACCCUACCACUUGGAAGGAUGGCUAAGAAUACGACCUUUUCUGUCGUUGAUCUCCAGCACAUUCCAAGCGCCUUGAAGCGACUGCUUCGAGAAACUGUCAUGUCUCUACUAUUCCGUGAGAUCCAGCCCCGACAGCCGAUGGUGAAAUCUAGGCUUUCAAAGCUUGAAGAUACUAUCAAGCAGUCUCGGGACGCAGGCUUCCCUGGUCGCACUGUGGUGUCGGCAGCCUCUGAAGAUAUAAUUCCGCAAUUUAUCCAAGCCUCCUCGACCUGGAAAUUUGACAGCUCAGCAUCGUAUUUGGUUGCUGGCGGCUUUGGUGGACUCGGUAUCGUGGUCAUCGAGUGGAUGGUUGAACGAGGCGCCCAGUAUCUGAUCAUCCCCUCACGGUCUGGUGCAAAGUCGCAAAAGGCAAAGAACACCGUAGAGCGAUUGACCGCUCAGGGUGUGCACAUCAUCUCCCCAGAAUGCGAUGCUUCGUCUGAAGCAAGCCUAUCCCGCCUUCUGGAGGAGUGUUCCCAGAACAUGCCUCCCAUCAAGGGAUGCAUCAACGCGGCCAUGGUUUUGCAAGACGGCAUAUUCCAAGAAAAUAUGACAUUCAACAAAUGGGAGUAUACCCUCAAAUCCAAAGUUGCAACGUCUUGGAAUCUUCACCGUCUGCUCCCCAAGGACCUCGACUUCUUCAUCCUUCUUUCGUCUCUUGCUGCUCCUGUCGGCAUGAUAGCAAGUUCCAACUAUGCCGGCGGCUGCUCAUUCCAGGAUUCGCUGGCCCGCUAUCGUGUCAACCAAUGCCAGCACGCAUUGUCUAUUGACAUUGGCUGGAUGCGAAACAUUGGUAUCAUUGCUGAAAAUGAGGCCUAUCAGCGUCAGCGUCUAGAGGCUGGAGACUUCCUGCCCAUUGAGGGGUCUGAGCUGCUUGCGUUGCUUGAUAUUUACUGUGACCCCAGCAAUUUACAGCAAUCACCAGCUGAAAGUCAAGUAUUGCUGGGUAUUUCUAGGCCAAGUGAUCAUCUUGCAAGGGGGGCUGCUCUUCCUGUACUUCUCGAAGCACCGCUGUUUUUGGCUUACUCCUAUGUUCCUAAUUCAGCAGUUGGCAACUCCAGUGCCUCUGCUCCGGAUCAUGGUGUACAGUUUAGACAGGCUACCGAUUCCAGUGAGCGUGUUCAAAUUGUUCUGGCAGCCAUAUCUGCAAAACUAGCACGCUCCAUGUCUAUUACUUCUGAGGAUGUGGAACCGAGAAAGCAGCUGUCUAGCUAUGGCUUGGACUCACUCAUGGCCGUUAACAUCCGUAACUGGAUUUUGGCAGAGUUUGGGGCUACUCUUUCUGUCUUUGACAUCAUGGGGGGUGCUUCGAUUGCUGCUGUUGCUGAUAUGGUUGUUGCAAAGAGUACACUUUAA